CUCAGUAAUAGAAAUAGAAAUGUGAAAUAUAUUUAGGGACGAGUAAGUAUGACAUCAUGCAUGAUGUCUUUUGAAAGAGAGUGAUUUGUUACUUUUUUCCCAUGUAGUGUAUGGUAGGUAUAUAAAUAGAUGAUGAUGAUAGAUGGAAGAAUGCAAAUUAGCUAAAUUGUGGGUGUGAGUAUAAUAAGUAUGAAGAACUACACCGAAGUUAUUUCCUUAUUCUCCCUUUUGCUUCUUCUUCUUCUUCUCUCUUCCUCCUCCUUAGCAUCCGACAACCCUGAAGUUGAUGCUUUGAACGCACUGAGACACAACUUGGUCGAUCCAAACAGUGCGUUAGAGACAUGGGUCGAUUCAUCCUCGAGCACUCCUCCCUGCGACUGGUUUCAUGUCUCCUGCAACACCGACGGUAAUAAUGUUGCACGAAUUGAUCUCGGAUAUUCAGGUUUAUCCGGUAAACUCGUCCCCGAGCUUGGCAACCUUACGAAUUUAGAGAACUUGGAACUAUAUGAAAAUGACAUUAGUGGGGAAAUUCCAAUGGAGCUUGGCAAUUUAAAAAAUCUAAUUUCUUUGGAUCUCUAUGGUAACAACUUUACCGGUUCUAUCCCUGUUACUUUGGGCCAGUAUUUUCAGCUUAGAUUUCUGAGGCUCCAGAAUAACCAUUUGAAUGGUACUAUUCCCAAGUCAUUAAUCACGCUCUACACGCUCGAAGAGCUGGAUCUUAGCAAUAACAAGCUCACUGGUCCCAUUCCUACCGAAUUGGGUGAAAUUACUGGUUUGAACAAAGCAAAUUUGUCAGGCAAUUGUCUCGAUGUGGAAGGGAAUUCCUUAAAAUCUGAUACCAGGUUUAUCUUGGAUAGCAGUCGUGACCCAACACGUUGUGCUUGAACAACGUAACGUAACUAUAAUAUGAUCGUUUUGUGUUUUGUUUGAGUAUGUGCACCCAUCCAAUCUAUUUGGAUGUUGUUUAAUGAUAAAUAAGUUCUAUGUGUGAGAACUUGUAACAAUUAAUGUAUCUACUCAUCAUGUCAUCACUUUAUGUUUAGUUAAUAAUGUGUAUUCUGUGUUAAUUUUUAUUGGGAUGAUCUUUGAUCAAAUUAUGUUUGGCUAUAAUCUUCCAGUCUGCAGUUGUAAUUUU